CUCUCUGUCUGCCUCUGUAGAUUUUCCAGGGCAACUCUGACCAGGACACGCCGGUGUUGAACCUCCUCCCGGCUCCGACUCCCGCACGCUUCCUUCGCCUCCUACCCGUCACGUGGCACCCGGGCGGACUGAUUUGCCUGCGCAUGGAGGUGCUGGCAUGCACAGUAGCGGACCCAGCCGAGGAUUCUUCCUCCUCUGCUGCCCGGGGCGAUGCUGAGUCACGUGACCUGCGCCUGGACUUCCAGCACCACAACUACGACUCCAUGCGUCGGUUGAUGCGUGCGGUCCAGGCCGAGUGUCCGGACAUUGCCCGAGUCUACAGCAUCGGACGCAGCCAGGAGGGCCGGAAACUCUACGCCAUGGAGAUAUCAGACCAACCCGGCCGCCAUGAGCCUGGUGAGCCGGAGUUCCGCUACGUGGCCGGCAUGCACGGCAACGAGGUGCUGGGCCGCGAGUUGCUGCUGCUGCUCAUGCAGUACCUGUGCCGGGCCUACCUGGCGGGCGACGAGCGCGUGCGCUCGCUCGUGGACGGCACUCGCAUUCACCUGCUCCCCUCCAUGAACCCCGACGGCUACGAAGUCGCCGCCGUCAAGGUGGGAAGGAAGGCGGCUGCCCUCGCCCCCGUGUGCAGGAGGUGGCGUGGGUGAGACGUUGACCCCAAGACUCAGGUGUUGGCUACCUCGCCCGGUGAUAAGGAGAUGGCGUGGGUGAGAUGUUGAAUAGCUCGCCUGGUGUGCAGGAGGUGCCGUGGGUGAGACGUUGACCCCAAGACUAAGGUGUUGGCUACCUCGCCCGGUGAUAAGGAGAUGGCGUGGGUGAGAUGUUGAAUAG